GCCCCCCCACCUCGGCGACUCUAGCUGCCUGCUACGCCGCUCUGGUCGCUCGUCUCUCUGCCCCGGGCUCUGCAGUCCGCCCUCUGCCGCUCUGCUCCCACGCCUGUCUGCUCCCCGGCGCCGCCGCUCUGGACUGUCGUCUCGCUGCCCCGGGCGCCGCGGUCCGCCUGCGCUUGAGGAGCCGCUGGGCGGCCCCCCCACCAUGGCCCCCCCCGCGCUGUGGGUGCUGUGGGUGCUGUGGCUGCGCGGCGUGGGCGCAGGGGACUGCGCGGGACGGCGGCGGGUGCUGCGUGGCGACUCCGGCUUCGUCACCGACGGCCCUGGCAACUACUCGGUGAACGGCAACUGCGAGUGGCUGCUGGAAGCCCCCAGCCCACGGCACCGGCUGCUGCUGACGUUCACCUUCAUGGACACGGAGUGCACGUACGAUUACCUGUUCGUGUACGACGGGGGCUCCCCCCGCGCCCCCCUGCUCGCCAGCCUCAGCGGCAGUGCCCUGCCCCCCCCACUGGAGGCCGCCUCGGGCAAGAUGCUGCUGCACCUCUUCAGCGACGCCAACUACAACCUGUUGGGGUUCAACGCCUCGUUCCGGGCCUCGCUCUGCCCUGGGGGGUGCUCGGGGCGCGGGCGCUGUGACUCCCACGGCCGCUGCCACUGCGACCCCGGAUGGGGGGGCCCCGCCUGUGCCCACCCCCCCUGCCCCACAGCCUGCCAGCCCCACGGCGGUGCCUGCAGCCAGGUUUCGGGGCGCUGCGAGUGCCGCCCGGGGUUCCUGGGCCGCGCCUGCGACCUGGCGCUGGGCGAGAACCGGGGGGGCGGCCGCUGGUACAACGUCAGCGAGGGGGACCCCGACUUCACCCCCCGUGUGGCUGCUGCCGGCGCUGUGCUGCCCCACACCGGGGGGUUCUAUGUCUUUGGGGGUCUGGAUCUGAACCGAGCACUUGGCGACCUCGUGGUUUACAAUUUCACCACCAACCGCUGGACACAGCUGGAGCUGAGCCCGGCCCCGGCCCCCCGGCACUCGCACGUGGCGCUGCGCUGGCGCCAGGCACUGGUGCUGAUGGGGGGGGAGCUUGCGGGGGGGGCUCUGGCCCACGACUUGUGGGUGCUGGAGCCCCUCGAGGGGGGCUGGCGGGAGCUGCACCCCCCGGGCCCCACGCGCCCCCCCGGGUUGGCUGCCCACGCCGCCACCAUAGUGGAUGAGGACUGGCUCUACGUCUUCGGAGGCCGCACGGCCGAGGAUGUGUUCUCGUCGCAGCUGUUCCGGCUGCGGCUGCCGGGGGGGGGCUGGGAGCGCGUCCUGCCCUGGGGGGGGAAGCCCCCCGCCGCCGCCGGGCACUCCAUGGUGUUCCACCCCUCCUCCCGCACCCUCCUGGUCUACGGGGGGCACCGACCCUCCACUGCCCGGUUCAGUGUCCGCUCCAACACCACAGACUUGUUCCAUGUGGAGCGCCGGCACUGGGCAGCGCUGCGGGGGUCGGGGGGGCCGCGGGAACGCGCCUUCCACUCCGCCACUGUCAUUGGCGACUACAUGGUGGUGUAUGGGGGCAACGUCCACACGCACUACCACGAGGAGAAGUGCUACGAGGAGGAGAUCUUUUUCUACCACUUGGGGUGCCACCAGUGGGUGCCCCAUGCGCGCUUGCCCCACGGCGGGGGUCACGGCCCCGCGCCGCCCCCCCCCGGGCCGGGGCGCUAUGCCCACGUGGCGGGGGCACUGGGGGGGUCGGUGCUGCUGGUGGCCGGCGGCUUUGGCGGCGUCCCCCGUGGUGACCUGCUCGCCUACAAGGUGCCUGCCUUCGUCCUCCAGGUGCCCCCCCAGAACUAUCACCUGGAUUUCUGCUCACUCUACGCCGAGAGGGGCACCUGCACCCAAGACCCGCAGUGCGCCUGGUGCUCAGGGGGGUGCCAGAGCCCCCCUCCCCACAGCACGUGCCCUGGGGGGUGCCUGGGGCUCGCGCGGCUCCUCAGUGACUGUGAGUCCUGCUUGGUUUUUGGGGGGGCCGGGCCGGGCCCCCCCCGCGCCCCUGGACCCCUGGGCUGGUGUGUGCAGAAUGAGACUUGCCUGCCUCUCACCGAGCAGAGCCGGUGCCGCGUGGGGCAGAUCGCGGGCACCCACGGCUGGUGGGGUGCACGCCCCCUCUUCCUGACGGCGCUCGCCCAGUGCCGCUCGGCCAAUUUCCCACCGGGGCUGCACCUUCUCACCUUCCAGCACCCCCGUAACGACUCGCAGCCCGACAAGGUCUCGAUCGUGCGCAGCACCACGGUGACGCUGGGGCCCAGCGGCGAUGCUGACGUCUCACUUGUCUACCGGGGGUUCAUCCACCCACUGCUGGGCCCCCCCCCGGCCCCCGACCCCCGCGUCUGGGCCCGCAUCCAGCGCCUCGACGUCGUGGCGCGCCUCGGACGCUUCCCCAACUCCCCUGAGAUGGAGGAGGUGGGGCGCUGGUCGGUGCAGCAGGAGCGCGAGACGCGGCCGCUGCAGCGCCCCCGGCCCGGGCGGCUUUUUGGGGCGCCCGAACGUGGCAACAAGUACGCGGUAAGCGUCGAGGGGAGAGCGCGCGGCGGCGGCGGCGACAGCAGCGAACUGACCCUCGUCUGGGACCGGACAGGGGUCCCGGGGGGCAGCGAGAUCUCCUUCUUCUUCCUGGAGCCGUCGCGCGCUCCCCCCGGACGCUGCCCCACGCUGCCGUCCUGCCUGGCGUGCCUGGCGGAUCUGGGGUGCGGGUGGUGCCCCCCCAGCGCCUCCUGCCAGCCCCGGCUGCCCCCCCCGGGUGGGGAGGGGGGGCCCUGCGGGGGGGGUGCCACGGGAGGGGGACCCCGCCUGGUGUUGGCGCCCGCGCUCUGUGUCCACUGCGAGGAACACCGCGACUGCCGCGCGUGUGCUGCGGACCCGUUCUGCGAGUGGCAGGAACACGGCAGCAAGAAGGGUGAUGCCGUCUGCAGCCGCCGCGGCCGCCAGGAUGGGGCUGUCAGAGACCCCCAGGAGUGCCCCCCCCUCUGCAGCCAACGCCAGUCGUGCUCCGAGUGCCUGUCGGGCGGCGGGCAGUGCGCGUGGUGCCAGUCCAGCCGCCGCUGCUUCCUCUUCGCCGCCUACCUGGCGCGGUUCCCGUACGGGGGCUGCCGGGGGUGGGCGGACAGCGUCCACUCAGCCCCCCAGUGCCCCCAGUGCUCUCAGUUCAGCUCCUGCCGGGAAUGCCUGCGGCACCUGGAGUGCGGCUGGUGUGGUGACAGCGACAACCCCACGCGGGGACGGUGCCUGGAGGGUGACUUCUCAGGGGUGCGGGGGUUCCCCAACUGCUCGGUGGCACUGGGGGCUCUGACCCCCCCGGCCGUGGCAGCCGCCUGGGCCUACGCCGAGUGUCCGGAUGUGGACGAGUGCCGGCUCGGCCUCGCCACCUGCCACCCACGCGCCCGCUGCCGCAACACGCCUGGCGCCUUCGAGUGCCGCUGCCGGCGCGGCUACGCUGGGGACGGUGUCACCCACUGCAACCGCACGUGCUACCACGACUGCGGGCACGGCGAGUGCAGCGGUGCCCCCGACUUCACCUGCGUCUGCCACCUUGGUUGGACCUCGGUGCGAGGCAACGGCAGCGUGGGGGGCGGCAAUGCCACCACGGCCCCCCCUGACACGGACACAGACACAGACACGGAUCCCACCGGUCCCCUCUGUUCCAUCGACUGUGGCUGCAACUUCCACAGCACCUGCGAGCACCACGGCCCUGGCGUCUGCGACAGCUGCCAGGACUGGACAGAGGGUGAACGGUGCGAGCGGUGCCGCGCCGGCAGCUUCGGGGACGCGCGGGCACCGGGCGGCUGCCAACCCUGCCAGUGCCAUGGCCACAGCCGGCCCGAGCGCGGCCACUGCCACCGUGACACUGGCCACUGCUUCUGCCGCCCCCCCGCCGAGGGCCCCCACUGCGAGCGCUGCGCCCCCGGCCACAUCGGGGACCCCAGGAAUGGGGGUCUGUGCUACCGGGCAUGCGGGGGCCGGCACUUGGUAGCCAACCUGUCCUCGUCGCUAGCCCUGAGCACACGGGGGGGCCCUGGAGCCGGGGGGAGCCUCUCCUACUGCCUGUGGGUGCUGUCGGUCGGGGGGGGCCCCGAGCCCUGCCCCCCCGGCCAGCCGUGCCCCCCCAUCAGCCUCACGCUGCAGCCGGACCCCCACGGACCCUGCACGCACAGCUUUGCCUACGCCUUCGACGGAGCGCCGGCGCUGCUGCACGGCGGCGCCAUCGAGGGGGACCCCGCGCUGCUGGGGGCCUUCUGCGGGGGGGGGCGCCCCCGGCCCCUCCGCCUGCGCGCCACCUCGGGGCUGCUGGUUCUCUACGUGGAAGCAAACGGGACGGGAGGGACGGGGCUCAACGCCAGCGUGGGGGUCGGCGACUGUGGGGAGGAACCGGGGGGGCCCGGCUGCCCCCCCGAGUGCCCAGGGGGCUGCAGAGGCCCCACACAGGGGGAAUGCGACCAGAGCCUGGGCCAGUGCCGCUGCUGGGGGGGCUUCUUGGGCCCUGACUGCUUGGAGCCCCCCGAGACUGAGCCCCUGGGCUGGGAGCGCCUGGGCGGGGGACAGGGCGACACGGACCCCCCCAGCGGGUUCCUGCGCCGCCUGGGGCACAGCCUCGUCCCCGGCCCCGAGGGGACGCUCUGGAUGUUUGGGGGUCUCGCGCCUGACCGGGGGCCCCUCGGCAGCCUGCACCGGUACUCCAUCGCAGAGGGCCGCUGGCGGCAGAUGCUGGCGGGCGCGGAGGAUGGGGGGCCGGGCCCUGCCCCCCGAUAUUUCCACGCGGCGGCAGCGCUGCCGGGACGCCGGGCGCUGCUGGUUGUUGGAGGGAUGACACGCGACGGCGCCGCCAGCGACGCAUGGCUGCUCAACCUCACCACGCUGCAGUGGCGCCCCGCACAGGACCCGGUGUUGCCCCCCCUGGCCGGGCACACGCUGACUCCGCGCCGGGGGUUGUCGCUGCUGCUCAUCGGGGGCUUCGCCCCCCAGGCCGGAUUCAACCAGAAGCUGCUGGAAUUCGGAGUGAACUCAGAGCGCUGGGAGACAGCGCCGCAGGCCGGGACCCCCCCCACCGGGCUGUACGGGCACUCGGCCGUGUACCACGCGCCGUCAGACGCAGUGUUCGUUUUCGGGGGGCAGCGGUUCCUGGGGGGGCGCCUCGCCCCGUCCCCCGAUCUCUACAGCCUGCACUGCCCGACCCACACGUGGGGGCUGCUGGCGCCCGCUCGCGGGGACAAGCCCCAGCCGCGGUUCUUCCACGCGGCAGCAGCGCUGGGAGAUGCGAUGGUGGUGUUGGGGGGGCGUACAGAGCGUGAGGCCCUGGCGGAGGGGGCGCUGCUCUACCACCUGCGCUGCAAUGCCUGGCUGCCCCCCCCUCCAGGCUGGGCUGGGGUCCCCGAGCCUGCGGUGGCCCUGGCGGUGGCCGAGGCCGAGGGCCGCGUCUUCGUCUCGGGGGGGUUCGCAGGGGUGGCCCUGGGGCAAGUGCUGGCCCUGCAGCUCCCCGGGGACCCGUGCGAGACCCUGCCCCCCCCCGCCUGCAACCGCUCGGGGGGCGUCUGCACCUGGUGCCGGGGGGGCUGUCGGGACCCCCACAGCGCCCACAGGCUGGGGUGCUCACCUGAGGCCGCCUGCGCCCCCAGCCCCCGUGGCCCCCCCGACUGCCGGCGCCUGCGCAGCUGCAGCGAGUGCCUCGCGCUGCACCCCGAGACGCUGCAGCAGGGCACCCUGGGCCCCCCUCCCUGCAAGUGGUGCACCAACUGCCCCGAGGGCGCCUGCAUCGGGCGGGCCGCGAGCUGCGCGCAGGAGCACGACUGUCGCAUCAACCAGCGCGAGGUCUUUGCCCCCCAAAACUGCUCUGAGGCCGCCUGCGGCGCCCCUGACUGUGCCUCCUGCACCGCUGGCGGUGCCUGCAUGUGGACCCGGCAGUUCAAACGCACCGGUGAGACACGGCGCAUCCUGAGCGUCCAGCCCAGCUACGACUGGAGCUGUUUCAGCCACUCGCUGCUCAACGUCUCGCCCAUGCCUGUGGAGUCGUCACCGCCACUGCCCUGCCCCACACCCUGCCACCAGCUCGGCUCCUGCCCCACAUGUUUGGGCUCCAAGGGGGCUGAUGGCGGCUGGCAGCACUGCCUGUGGAGCGUGGCGCUGCAGGAGUGCCUGAGUCCCAGCGUGGUGCCGCUGCGCUGCGUGGCAGGGGGCUGCGGCCGCAUGCUUCGCGCCCCCGAGAGCUGCACUCCCGGCUGCGCGGGGGCCUCCCAGUGCGCCCAGUGCCUGCGGCAGCCUCGCUGCGGCUGGUGCGCCCGCAAGGGGGGCAACGGCAGUGGCCGCUGCCUGGAGGGGGGCAUCGGCGGCCCCCGCCACGGGCUGGCGCAGGCAUGUGGGGCUGAGGCCGAAUGGGCCUUUGUGCGCUGCCCCCCUGAGAACGAGUGCGAGAACGGGCACCACGACUGCGGCGCCAGCCAGGAGUGCCGCGACCUGCCAGAGGGCUUCACCUGCGCCUGCCGGCCUGGCUACCGGCCCCACAACGACUCCACCUCGUGCCGCCCGGUGUGUGAGCGCGGCUGCCGCAACGGCACCUGCGUGGAGCCGAACCGCUGCCGCUGCCACUUCGGCUUCGUGGGCCCCGACUGCUCCGUACCGUGUGGCUGCAACGGCCACGGGCAGUGCCCGGGCCCCGCCGCCAGGGAGCAGUGCCCACGCUGCCUCAACAACACCCAGGGCCCCCAGUGUGAGCGCUGCCGGCCGCUGUUUGUGGGCUCGGCACGGGGAGGGGGCACGUGCCGCCCCUGCCGCAGCUUCUGCCGCCACAACGCCGACGUCUGCCUGCGCCGCGAGGAGCGUGACCGUGCCAGCGCCGACCCACAGCGCUUCCCCCUCGACCCUGAGCUGAUCCCGACGUGGGUGCCGGAGGGCCCAAGUGAGGAGGCGGCUGUGUGCGUGGGCUGCCAGAAUGACAGCGUGGGUGAGCGCUGCGAGCGCUGCCGCCCCGGCUUCUUCCUGCUCGAUGGUGUCUGCACAAGGUGCCAGUGCAACGGGCACGCAGCCACGUGCAACGAGGAUGGCACCGGCUGCCCCUGCCAGAACAACACUGAGAGCGCCAGCUGUGCCGGCCCCGACCGCCGUGACUGCUACCGCCACCAGUGCUCCAAGUGCCGCGACUCGUUCCAUGGGCACCCUGUGGGGGGGCAGCAGUGCUACCGCCUGAUGGCGGUGGAGCAGGAAUACUGUCUGGACCCCGGCUCGCAGAGCAACUGCUUCCACGCGCCGCAGCGCCAGCCGCUCCCCGCCGGCCGCACCGUCCUCUUCGGCGUCCAGCCCAAAUUCACCAACGUGGACAUCCGCAUCACACUGGACGUCACCUUCGGCGCCGUCGACCUCUUUGUUUCCACGGCCUACGACACCUUCGCCGUGGACGUGGAGCCGGGCAGCGGGCGGCACCGCGUGCGGCUGCAGAGCUCGGCCAACGCCUCGCGCCUGCGGGAGGAACGCGCCGACGGGCUCCUCACCUACCUGACAGUGCGGCAGACGCCGGCCGCGGCCCUGGUGGUGCGUGGCGUGCGUGAUCGACUCGUGCUCACCUACCCGCACACCCGCCACCCGCUCAAAUCGACGCGCUUCUACCUGGUGGUGCUGGGCACCGGCGAGGGCCCCGCGCAGGGGCUGCUGUUCUUCCGCCAGGACCAGGCACACAUCGACCUCUUCGUCUUCUUCUCCGUCUUCUUCUCCUGCUUCUUCCUCUUCCUGGCGCUCUGCGUGCUGCUCUGGAAGGCCAAGCAGGGCCUGGAUGCGCGGCACGAGCAGCGACGGCACCUGCAGGAGAUGAGCAAGAUGGCGAGUCGGCCCUUCGCCACCGUCACUGUCUGCUUUGAGCGCGGACCCCCGGCCGCCCCCCAGCGCCGUCGCGGACGCCCACCCGGUAUCGGCGCGGGGCCGGUGACGCUGGAGCCCACGGAGGACGGUGUGGCGGCCGUGGCCACACUGCUGCUGCAGCUGCCAGGGGGUGGUUUGGGGGGGCCCCCCCCACGCGCCGCCUUGGCCUCAGCGCUGGUGACGCUGCGGCCGGCUGAGGGUGGGGGGGGCGUCCCACGUAAGGGAGGGCACGAACUGACAGCCAUGGCGCUGUGAGGGGGACACCCCCUUUAUUCACCCCCAUUUGAGGGGGGGGGGUCACCCCCCUAUUCACCACAUUUGAGGGGGGGUCACCCCCCUAUUCACCCCUGUUAGGGUGGGAGACCCCUCGUUUGCUCCUGUUUGGGGGGGGGACCGAGUUAUGGGGGGGUCACCCCCUUAUUCACUCCUGUUUGGAGGGGUCACCUCUUAUUCACAGAAGGAGCCCCUGUUUUGGGGGGGACCCUGAGUUAUGGGGGGGAUCCCCCUAUUCACAGGAGGACCCCAUUUUGGGGGGGACCCUGAGUAAGGGGGGGGGUUCACCCCCUUAUUCACUCCUGUUUGGAGGUCACCCCUUAUUCACAGAAGGACCCCGUUUUUGGGGGGACGGGGAUCACCCCCUUAUUCACCCCAUGUACAGAGGGACUCCCCUGUUUUUGGGGGGGGAGGUGAGGUUUGCACACACCCCCAAUACAAAGCACUGCAGUAUUUAGGGGGGGCAGCACGGUUCCCCCCCUUUUGGGCGUCAGGACCUUGCUGGGUGGGAGGCACCCCCAUAUUCAUAGGGAAGGGAGGCUGCCCCCCCCACCACACACAUACUUCACAACCCAAACCAUGGCAGUAUUUAUUGGGGGGGCUAUGAGUGAGAUUGAGGGCU